GUGCUUUUUGUCAAUGAAAAAAUCAAAAUAUUGUGAGGUUUUUUUUUUUUUUAAAUCACUCACUAUUAUGGUCACUCUUUGACUUCUUAUACGAGAUUUAGUGACGGGGGGCAGCAGGUUUUGAAGGGAAUCCCAGACUUCCCUCUCCACAACCACUUAAUCGAGCUCUUCCGGGGGAAUCCCAAGGUGUUCUAAGGUCAGCCGAGAGAUGUUGUCUCUGCAGCGUCUCCUGGGUCGUCCCUGUGGCCUCCUCCCAGUGGGACUUCCCCGCAAACCUCACCAAGGAAGCGUCAAGGGGGCAUCCUAACCUGAUGCCCGAGCCACCUCAUCUGGCUCCUCCCAAUGCGGAGGAGCGGCGGCUCGACUCUAAGCCCCUCCCAGAUGACCGAGCUUCUCAUCCAAUCUCUAAGGGAGAGCCCUGCGGAGUAAACUCAUUUCGGCCGCUUAUAUCCGCUAUCUUGUUCUUUCGGUCAUGACCCACAGCUAGUGACCAGAAGUUAGAGUAGGAACGUAGAUCGACCAAUAAAUCAAGAGCUUUCCCUUCUGGCUCAGCUCAUUCUUUACCAUGACAGACCGAUGCAGAGUCUGCAUGACUGCAACCACUGCACCGAUCCACCUGUGGAUCUCCUGUUCCAUACUUCUCUCACUGAACAAGACCACAAGGUACUUGAGGUCCUCCACUCAUUCCCAACCGGGAGAGGGCACUCCACCCUUUUCCGACUGAGUACUAUGGUCUCAGGAUUGGAGGUGCUGAUUCUCCUCUCAACUGCGUCACACUCUGGUGCAAACCGCUCCGGUAAGAGUUAAAGAUCACGGCUUGAUGAAGCUAACAGAACCACAUCUUCUGCAAAAAGCUGAGAUGUAACACUGUGGUCACCAAACCGCACCUCGGCUGCGCCUUGAAAUUCUUUCCAGAAAGGUUAUGAAGAGAAUUGGUGACAAAGUGCAGCCUUGGUGGAGCCCAACCCUCACUGGAAACGAAUCCAACUUACUGCCGGCAAUGUGAACCAAGCUCUGACACUGGUUAUACAGGGACCGAAUAUCAGGGGGUCCGGUACCCCAUACUCCCAAAGCACCCCUCACAGAACACCCCAAGGGACAUGGUCAAACACCUUCUACAACUGCAUAAAACACAUGUAGAGUGGUUAGGCGAACUCCCACACAUCCUCAAGGACUCUGAUGAAGGUGAAGAACUGUUCCAUUGUUCCACGGCCAGGGCGAAAACCUCACUGCUCCUCCUGAAUCUGAGAUUCGACUUCCUGACAGACCCUCCUCUCCAGGACCCCUGAAUAGACCUAUAGGCGUGUCAAGCAGGACAGCCCCACAACAGCCAGAGGUUUUAGGAACUCUGGGCGGAUUUCAUCCGGCCCCGGGGUCCUGCCACCAAGGAGCUUUUUAACCACCUCAGUGACCUCAACCCCAGAGGCACAGACAACAGGUAGGACCCGUCCAAUCACCCAAAGGUGAAGGGAGGCUACCCUCUGCUCCACCGGAGUAAAGCCCAACGUACAGGCACCGAGUCGAGCGGCAAUAAGUAUGCCCACACCUGCUCGGCGCCCACCUAUAUCCAGUCGGAACUUCUCAACCUUGCACACCAGGUCAGGCUCUUUCCCUGCCAGAGAGGUGACAUUCCACGUCCCUUGAGCCAGCUUCUGUAGCCGGGUAUCGGAACGCCAAGGUCCACAUCUUUGACCAUCACCCAGCUCAAUACGGACCCUCCCACAUGUGUUGUGCCCAGCCGGGCCCCAUUGGGCAACCUGGCGCUCGCCUUCGAGCCCCACAUCCAGGCCUGGCUCCAGAGGGGGUGACCCCUGUGCAGGCAAGAACCUUUUCGACGACUUCCUGACCAUGUGUCAAUGUCCAGAAUUGCAUACUUCAAGAGGAAAUUUGUUGAUGAUGAUGAAGCUUCAUUCAGUUUCAGGACAUACUGCCAGACUGAUCAUUUGGUCCCGCUAGACCCGCCGACCGACUUGGACACUCUCAACGCUCUCGCCGUAAAGAUUGACAAGAGGCUUUUGAAUCGCGACCUGGACGGAGUUCGGCGGAGGGCUGCGUCACCACGCACUUGGAGGACGAGACUCGGUGACCAGCCAAACCAAGGCAGAUCCCCCGUUUCCGGUCUCAAUCCACUGGCUAGUGUCACCAUCGAUGAACCCAUUCAACUGGGCAGGUUCCGUCUCUCCCCUGAGGAACGUCAAGGCCGGCUGAGGGAAGGGCGGUGCUUCUAAUGCGGGCACUUGGGUCAUUCCAUGAGCAACUGUCAAGUCAAGGUUGCCGGUGCAAGGGCACGGGAGAGGUGGCACCCGUUUUGGAGGAACGGGCCCAUGUGCUGCGUCUCUCUCUGGAGAAGAUGCGAUUCAUUGAUGACCCUGAGGCUUUCCUGCGACGCUCCGUCCUUGUCAACAAUCUCCUCCGACGUAUACGAGCUGACAUCCUGCUUCAGAGCACUGAAUGGUGCAUCUCUCCCAACCAAUUUUUUACCACUGUCUUACCCCCACCCUCAAACCCCACACAGCAGACACUCAACAGGUCCGUCCCCACACCAAUCUGCUUUGCACCUCAACCCGGACCGCCCUUCCGAAAGCGGUUCCGAAUGGUCCGUGCAGGACAAGGGCACCUCCGUAAUGACUGUGCCCAAACAUGUUGCUGUAUCUAUGCUGCGGCUGCAGCCGCAGGACAGUACCUUAACCUCCCAUUCUCCAUGUACGAUGCAGAACUCUCUGCACCACACUCAUCCUCCUUCUUUCAAAUAGCUAGCCAUCGUAAGUUAGGACUGACUGUCAUAGACGGGCAUGAUGAUGAGGAUGAGGAUGCAGAGGAGGAGGAUGAAAUUGAGGAAGAGGAGGAGGAGGAAGAAGUUGGUGAAAGAAGACAAGCAGGACCUUCUACUGAUUUGGUUAAAGAUACAUCAAGGCAGAAAAGUAGCAUGAGGACCAUGCAGGGUCACGCACACACAAGGACAGAGGCAGAGAUUACUGCUAGCUUCGAAGUGCAAGUGGAGGAUGAGCUACAAGAGGAAGCGCACGGUAUCCGACCUUGUGAGUGGGACUCUGAUGCAGGAGGAGCUCUUCUCAAGGUUCACUGCUGGCAGCGUCAGCGUUUCAAAGACAAUGAGAAUUUGCUUACAUAAAAAUCAUGGAGAAUAUAAGGGUCAUUAUGUUAUAAUUUAAUCACUAACAGUAAAGACACUAACUUAAAAAAUUUUAUUACAUUUUUUUCAUUCUCUUCCGCUUUUCCGAGGUCCUGUCAUGGGGGCAGCAGCUAAAGCAGGGAAGCCCAGACUUCCCUCCCUUAAGCCACUCCAUCCAGCUCUUCCGGGGGAUCCCAAGUUGUUCCAAGGCCAGCUUGGAGACAUCUGGAGUCUCUCCAGCAUGUCCUGGGUCAUCCCCUGGUCCUCCUACUGGUGGGCCAUGCACGGAACACCUCACCAGGGAGCCGUCUAGGAGGCAUCCUAACCAGAUGCCUGAGACACCUCAUCAUGCUCCUCUCAAUGCGAAUGAGGAGCGGCUCGACUCUGAUCCCCUCCCAGAUGAACAAGCCUCUCACCCUAUCUCUAAGGGAGAGCCCGGAUAUCCUGCGGAGGAAACUCAUUUUGGUUGCAUGUAUCUGCCAUCUUGUUCUUUUGGUCACGACCCACAGCUCGUGACUAUAGGUGAGGGUAGGAGUGAGAGCGCUUAGCCUUCCAGCUGAGCUCCUUCUUCACCACAACAGACCGAUACAGAGUCCGCAUCACUGCAGAGGCUGCACCGAUCCGCUUGUGAAUCUCACGCUCGAUUCUACCCUCACUCAUGAACAAGACUCAGAGAUACUUGAACUCCUCCACUUGGCAGGAACUCAUUCCCGACUCAGAGAGGCCACUCCACCCUUUCCCGAGUGAGGUCCAUGUUCUCAGAUUUAGAGGUGCUGAUUCUCAUCCCAACUGCUUCACACUCGGCUGCAAAUCGCUCUGGUGAGAUUUGAAGAUCGCGGCUUGAAGAAGCCAUCAGAACCACAGCAUCUGCAAAAAGCUAAUGUGUAAUACGAGCCUUGGCUGCGCCUACACAUUCUGUCCAUAAAAGUUAUGAACAGAAUCGGUAACAAAGAACAUCCUUGACAGAGUCCAACCCUCACUGGAAACGAAUCCGACUUACUGGCGGCAAUGCGAACCAAAAUCUGACACCAGUCGUACAGGGACCAAACAGCCCGUAUCUGGGGCUCUGAUAGCCCAUACUCCCGGAGCACCGUCCACAGGGCGGCCCAAGCGACAUGGUCGAAUGCCUUCUUCAAAGUCUACAAAGCACAUGUAGACUGGUUGGGCACACUCCCAUGCACUCACGAGUUACCCUGCCAAGGGUGUAGAGCUGGUCCACUGGUCCACGGCCAGGACGAAAACCACACUGCUCCUCCUGAAUCGGAGAUACAACUUCCAGACUGACUCUCCUCUCUAGCACCCCCAAAUAGGCCUUAUCUGGGAGACUGAGGCGUGUGAUCCUCCUAUAGUUGGAACACACACUCAGGUUACCCUAGAAAGGGGGACCACCGCCCUGGUCUGUCAAUCCAGAGGCACUGUCCCCCAUGUCCAUGCGAUGUUGCAGAGGCUUGUCAAACCAGGACAGCCCCACAACAUCCAGAGCUCCCACGGGGCCUUGGCAACCAAGAGAUUUUUAACCACCCAGACUCUGCUUCCUCAUACGAAGGCGUGUCAGUGGAAUUGAAGUCUUUUAAGUAUUCGACCCACCGACUCACAACGUCCCGAGUCGAGGUCAGCAGCGCCCCAUCCCCACUAUACAAUGUGUUACCCCUCCUGAGACACCAGAUGGUGGACCAGAAUUUCUUCGAAGCCGUCUGGAAGUCAUACUCCAUGGCCUCGUCAAACUCCACCCACGCCCGACUUUUUGCCUCAGCGACCGUAUUCUGCUUGGCCUGCCAGUACCCAUCAGCUGCCUCUGCCAAAAAGGCCCAAUAGGACACUUUCUUCAGCUUGACAGCAUCUCUUAUCGCUGGUGUCCACCAACGGGUUCGGGGAUUGCUGCCAUGACAGGCACUGACCACCUUACGGCCACAACUUCGGUCGGCCACCUCAACAAUGGAAGCCCGGAACAUGGUCCACUCUGACUCAAUGUCACCUGCCUCCUCCGGGCGAAGUUCUGCCGGAGGCGGGAGUUGAAACAUUUCUAACAGGGGACUAUGCUAGAGGUUCCCAGCAGACCCUCACAAUGCGGUUGGGUCUGCCAGGUCGGACCAUGGUGGUGAUCGGUUGACAGCUCCGCCACUCUCUUCACCCGAGUGUCCAAGAUAUGCGGCCGUAAGUCCGAUGACACAACCGCAAAGUCGAUCAUCGAACUGCAGCCUUGGGUAUCCUGGUGCCAAGUGCACAUGUGGACACCCUUAUGUCCGAACAUGGUGUUCGUUAUGGGCAAUCUAUGACGAGCACAGAAGUCCAAUAACAGAACACCGCUCGGGUUCUGAUCGGGGGAGCCAGGUCUCACUGUCAUUGCCCACGUAAGCGUUAAAGUCCCCCAGAAGAACGAGGGUGUCCCCAGUGGGAGAGCUUUCCAGUACCCGCUCCAAAGACUCCAAAAAGGGUGUGUAAUCUGAGCAGCUGUUAGGUGCAUCGGCACAAACAACAGUAAGGACCCAUCCUCAACGAGGCUACCCUCUUGUCCACCGGGGUAAACCCCAAUGUACAGGCACGAAGCUGUGGCGCAGUAGGUAUACCCAGCUCUCUGCGUGCCCAAUCCCCUGAGCCUCCUCCCACAGGUGGUGAGCACAUGGGAAGGGGGACCCACAUUGUUUCUUAGGGCUAUGCCCAACCGGGUACCAUGGGUGCUCAAGGUGCUCACAAACAAGCCCCACCUCCUGACCUGGGGGGCCCGUUGACCUGCGUCCGGGCGAGGGAAAACGUCUUCCAAUGUUUGGAAUCAUCUGAGGGGAUCUUUGAGUCUUGCUUUGUCUCAUUCCUCACCUCGGACCUGUUUGCCAUGGGUGACCCUGCAAAGGGCAUAAAGCCCCAGACAACUUAGCUUCUAGGAUCAUUGGGACAGACAAACCCCUCCACCACGAUAAGGUGAUGGCUCAGGGAGGGACGUCUUGGUUUUGUAUGGGUUAAUGUGUCCCAUGUUGAAACAGCCACGCUUAAAAUCCUAUUUUCAAAAGCUUAUUGAUGAUUUAAAAUUGUAGGUGUUCAUAAAGGCAAUCCUUAUCGACAGAACAAAUGUUGGUGGUCCAUUGAAAUACACUUAGUUUUAUCAAAGACAAGCAGCUUCAUAAAAAUUGUGUGAUUUUCACAAUUUACACGUGUUGCCCUUCAAACUCUGCUGGUCCAAGUCCAUACAUGAUCCGAACUACUCAUUAAACCUAUAACACUCGUCUUCAUACAAUCAUAAUAAUGGUGAAGACGUAAUAGUUCAGACACUUUCACAAAUUAAUACAUAUUCAUAUCCAAGAAGUAACACCAUUGAUUUUGCUGUCUGCUAUUGUGUGAAUGCAAAAUGCCUACCUUAUCCUAGCACUUCUGCCGACAUUACCAUCUGAUUUAUUGCAACAACAUAAUGAGGCUCUGCCCAGUGGCGUUAAUGGUAAAGUAAAUUUUAGUGACAAAGAAGGAUGGUUUGUAAACGAACCAAAAAAAGGAACUCAGACGACACUAAGAUGCAUGUGUGUUAUUUGUUAUGGAGAACAAAUAUCAGACACCGAAUGGUUUAGACAUUUUGGCCUUAAAAGUUUGAAAAAUAUUACUUUCGAAAUAUUUCUUUUUUCUUAGAAACAAUUAUGAUCCUUUUAUGGAUAAAAACUGCCUUAAAUUCAAAUACGGUACUCAGAUCAGUAAAAUUAUUUGAUUUUCAAAAGGAAAAUGUCUUUACUGUUUAUGAUCAAAUUAUAAGAAAAUGACACAUAAAUGCAGAAAUGAUCAACAGUUUUUAACUGAACUUUAGCUGUAAUUCCAAGCUAACUUAAUUUUAACGAUAAAAGAAAGAUCAAAGUAAAGGAAGAACCACAAAACAUUAGGCCUCAACAUUUCUCCAUAAACUGUGUUGUAAGGGUAAAUAUUGUAAGUGAUCUCCAAGACUCCAGUCUCCAAGACUAUUUUCAAAUUCCAUAGCAAUGAUCCAAUGGUCUUAUUUCAGGACCCUAAACAAGAGUCUGUUUAUGAUUGUGUUCAGAAUAUAAUGUAGAAUUCCAAAUCUUGACUUUUUUUUUUUAAAUUAAUUUUGAUUACAUAAAAUUAUGUAUUGUUACUUUGACCUGGAAGGGAGACACCGUGUAUUAUAGAGACAACAAUCAUAAGCUUUGGCAAUGGUAAAACACAAAUGUGAAGUGCCUUAGAGUUUUUACGGUUCAUGUAUUUUGUGUGUUCAUGUUAUUGUUCCUAAAAGACUUGACACUGGCAUUUUGUUGAAUGCUGUGACUUUUUUUCAAAUGUGAGUAAAACUCUCACUUAAAUAUACACUCAAAAUGUGUUUUUUUGUUUGUUUUUUGUAUUAUUAUUAUUUUUUUUAUUAUUAUUUAGAAUGCAUGUUGUGGAUGACUCAGCACUGACCAUACACAAACUUGAGCGAACUUUGAAGAAAACUUUUGUUAGGAAAACUAAAGCCUACAUUGUAACCAUUUAUUAAAGAAGUUUGACCUGUAUUUUUUCCUGGUCUUGUGCCCCCAAGAAAAUCAACCUAAAAUACAUUAUUUCCAUCUCAUAAUUAACUAAAUCUGUUUGUAUUAGUUUUGUGUUCCCUUGUGUUGCACAUAUGAUAAAUAAUACAUUAUCAACAUAAUGAACUAUUGUAACACAUUUAAAUCAAUUGGCGAGGGUUUGUUUGAAAAAGUUAAUAUACUGUACAUGUACAUCCUCAGAUCGUGACGUCCACUCUAAUAUAUGUCUCAAUGAAUCCUUUAUUUUUCUUUCUUUUCCCCUCAGAAAAAAAUAUCUAGUGGCUCCAGUAAGUAGCUGUAAUCACUUUAACGACAGCAACGUCUCCACGAAGUGGCAUACUGUAGUUCAAUUUGACCUCGACCUUAAGAUGAUUUGCUGAGUGCUUUCACCAUGAGUUUGAAGGCAGGAUGCAAAUGGCUGUAUGACCUCUGAAAAUAGUGUGACAUUAUCGCAGCAGGACAAUGUGUAACUUGCCAGUGGUGAGAGCAUUUUUUUUUAAUAAUGAUGAGGAUAUUGAAUUGAUACAACAUACAAUAAACACGGCAGUAUUCUCUAAAAGCCGUGCAGUAAGUAAAAACGUGAAGUGAAUGUAACUUAAGACUGCUUUGGCCACACUGUUGAAGCAGGUGUGUGACAUGAUCAUAUGUGAUAUUAAACUUAAUCAGGGAGGAAUUAGCAAUUAAUAGGAAACCAAAAAUAUAAAGGAUGCACAAAUAGAAGCUGCCCAUUCCAGGAGCUGGAAGUUGCAUAUUCCAUGCCCAUUGUAGCACAGAAGUAACAAUUCUUCGAUGACCAAUCAAUGGAUAGAAGCAGGCACAUGCAAAGAUAGACCCCUCAUGGGGCUCCAGCACGAGCCCCUUUGCGACGGAUGAAAAAAAUGUGCCCUUUCUUCUGUCGCCCUUAUUUUCCCCCUUUAUUAAUCAAUUUAAAAAAAUAAUAAUAACCAUUACCCUCUCUGUCAUCAAUUCUCCCUCAGUUUUUGAUAUCUGUUGGGCAUUUAUGUGAGUCCCUGUGAGAAUUGUGCCACUCACUGAACCGCAAUGCGCAUAUGCUGCCCUUCAACUCUUGUUAAUAGUUUUACUAUUGACUGUAUUGCUUGUGUAAACAUAAAUAAAUACAUAUGUUAAAUACA